CUUCCCUUCAAUCGACACACAACUUCUUCAACCGUCUUACCAACAACAACUCUAACGCACACCUUCCUAGCAAACGAUGGCUUCAAAGCUGAUUUUAGUUACCCUGUGCCUGGCUGCAGUCAUCGCCACCGUUUCGGCUCGUCCCCGAUUCUUGGCCGUUCCACUUGAGGACAUUCAGUUCAUCAAUGGACUUCCUCAAAUUAUCCCUCACGCCCAACAUCGUAUUGUCCGCCGUAGCCCCCAACAACCAUUGCCUCAUCAAGAUCACGAAACUGCAGCAUCUGGCAGCUAUCCCAGUGGAGGUAGCGACAGCGUCGAUUAUGGAGCAUACACUGGCUCAUAUGGUGCUUUCGGCUGGUACUCUGACCACCCCGUUGGAAACCAUGGCUCGUAUUAAAAACUUAAAAUCUAUUUAAAAAGAAAAAUCCUAAAAUGUUCUAUUGAACAUUUCACCGAUAAAUGACCAUUUCCAAUCAUCCAGCAGCCAGUUACUUUGUUGUUUUCUUGUAUAAAAUCUAUUUGAUAUUGUCAAUCGUUUUGAACUUUAGGCAUUCCACUGCUGAGCAGUCGAUUGUUUCACUAUCAUUUGACCGUCCAAUUUCUUGAGUGCAAUAUUCAUUUCAAACCUGUUUCAACAACCACAUUUUAUUGGAAAAAUACAUAACACGAAGAAAUUUAA